CCCAGCCCCGCUCGGCGUCGGCAGCGCACGGCCGGGGGAUGGCGAGCCCCGCCGCGCCGGGGCUGCCGCCCGGCCCCAACCUGAACAACAACAACAACAACCGCGGCGUGAGGAAGUGCGGCUACCUGCGCAAGCAGAAGCACGGCCACAAGCGCUUCUUCGUGCUGCGCGGCCCGGGCGGCGGCGGGGAGGAGGCGGGGGGCGCCCGGCUGGAGUACUACGAGAGCGAGAAGAAAUGGAGGAACAAGUCCGGGGCGCCCAAGCGGGUGAUCGCGCUGGACUCGUGCCUCAACAUCAACAAGCGGGCGGACGCCAAGCACAAGUACCUCAUCGCCCUCUACACCAAGGACGAGUACUUCGCCGUGGCGGCCGAGAACGAGCAGGAGCAGGAGGGCUGGUACCGCGCCCUCACCGACCUGCUGAGCGAGGGCAAGGCGGCCGCCGGCUCCCCGCACCGCCCCCUGCCCUCGCCCUUCGCCGCGCUGGCCGCCGGCGAGGAGUCCGACUACGGGCUGGUGACGCCGGCCGCCGCCGCCUACCGGGAGGUCUGGCAGGUGACGCUGAAGCCCAAGGGCUUGGGGCAGAGCAAGAACCUCACUGGCGUGCACCGCCUCUGCCUCUCGGCCCGCACCAUCGGCUUCGUGCGCCUCAACUGCGAGCUGCCCUCGGUCACGCUGCAGCUGAUGAACAUCCGCCGCUGCGGCCACUCGGACAGCUUCUUCUUCAUCGAGGUGGGCCGUUCGGCCGCCACCGGGCCCGGCGAGCUGUGGAUGCAGGCGGACGACUCGGUGGUGGCCCAGAACAUCCACGAGACCAUCCUGGAGGCUAUGAAGGCUCUAAAGGAGCUGUCCGAGUUCCGGCCCCGCAGCAAGAGCCAGUCGUCGUCCUCCUCUUCCUCCGGGGGGGCGGCCGGAGGCGGCGGCCCCUCUGCCACGCACCCCAUCACCGUGCCGGGCCGCCGGCACCACCACCUGGUCAACCUGCCGCCCAGCCAGACCGGCCUGCUCCGCCGCUCCCGCACCGACAGCCUGGCCGCCGGCAGCAGGGCCGCGCCGUGCCGGGUGCGGACGGCCAGCGAGGGCGACGGCUGCCGGGUGGGCUCGGCCGCCGGCAGCCCCAUGAGCCCCGGCCCCGUGCGGACCCCGCUCAGCCGCUCGCACACGCUGAGCGGCGGCGGCGGGCGGCCGGCGGGGAAGCUGCUGCCGGUGCUGGCCGGGGGCGGGCUGCAAAGCAGCCGCUCCAUGUCCAUGCCCGCCUCCCACUCGCCCCCCUCCGCCACUAGCCCCGUCAGUCUCUCCUCCAGCAGCGGCCUGGGCUCCGAGCCGGCCCACCCGCAUCACCCGCAGCGCCCGUCCAGCGGCAGUGCCUCGGUGUCCGGCUCGCCCAGCGACGCGGGCUUCAUGUCCUUCGACGAGUACGGCUCCAGCCCGGGCGGCGACCCGCGGCCCUUCUCCUCCUCCUCCACCGCCAGCAACCGCAGCAACACGCCGGAAUCGGUGGCCGAGACCCCCCCGGUGCGGGACUCCGGCGGCGGCACCGAUCUGUACGGCUACAUGGCGAUGGAGCGGCCCCCGAGCGGCCGUCUCUGCUACCGGCCUUGCCCCGAGGCUGACAGGGGCCACCGCAAGCGGACCUACUCGCUGACCACCCCGUGCCGGCAACGGCCCGCCCCGCCGCAGGUCUCCUCCGCCUCCCUGGACGAGUACACGCUAAUGCGGGCCACUUUCGCCGGCAGCGCCGGCCGCCUCUUCCCCUCCUGCCCGGCCGGGGCUUCCCCCAAAGUCACCUACACCCCCUACCCCGAGGAUUACGGGGACAUCGAGAUCGGCUCUCACCGCAGCUCCGGCAGCAGCAGCACCAACCUGGGGCCGCCGGCAGGGGGGGGAGGCGGAGGCGGAGAUGAUGAUGGCUACAUGCCUAUGACCCCCGGCGUGGCCGCGGCCCUUGGUCGGGGGGGGCGGGGUGGCGAUGAUUACAUGCCCAUGAGCCCCACCAGCGUGUCGGCCCCCAAGCAGAUUCUGCAGCCCCGAGCGGGGGUGGGAGGCGGCUCCCCCGGCAACGGGAGCAGCUACAAGACCAGUUCGCCAGGGGAAAGCUCCCCCGACGACAGCGGCUACAUGAGGAUGUGGUGCGGCUCCAAGCUGUCCGUGGAGAGUUCGGACGGGAGGCUGAGCAACGGCGACUACAUCAACAUGUCUCCUCGGGACCCCCAGCACGGGUCCCAGGCUCCCUCCCUCACCCCCCCGGACUUCUUCUUCGCCCCCGCGGGGCACGGGGCUGGCGAGCCCCUCAAACCCGGCUGCUACUCUUACAGCUCCCUGCCCCGCUCCUACAAGAGCCAGGGCCUGGCUAAGGACAGCGACCAGUACGUGUUCAUGAACUCCCCGGGCAGGAUGAUCCCGGAGGAGGCGAUGUGCGGAGUGGCUCCGUCCCCGGCCGGCACCUUCGCCCCCUCCAGCCACACGGUGCCUUCGCCCCUGCGGCACAGCCGGACCGAGGGCUUCCUCAGCCAGCGGUGCCAGCGGGCCGUCCGGCCCAGCCGCCUCUCUCUGGAGACCUUGCGGACGAUGCUGCCCAGCAUGAACGAGCACCCCUUGCCUCCUGAGCCCAAGAGCCCCGGGGAAUACAUCAACAUUGACUUUGGGGAUGCCGCUGUCUAUUCUCCCCCCUCGCUGCCCACCGACAGCCCGGCCUCCUCCCUGGGCUCGGGCACAGGGCAGAGGCGCUCCCCUCUCUCCGACUACAUGAACAUCGACUUCAGCUCACAGUCACCCUCCCAGUCAGGCACGGUCUCAGUGGGCUCUUUGGAAGCGCUCUCGCCUGGCUCUUCCUCCAGCACCAGCCAGCCCGAUGGGCGCUACAUGAAGGCGGCUGGGGGGGUGGCCUGUCUGUCCAGCCCAUCUGACAGUGGGGAUUACACUGAGAUGACCUUCGGCAUGGCCACUACCCCACCCCAACCCAUCGUUCAGAAGCCAGAAAGUGCCCGGGUCACCAGCCCCACGGCCGGGGUGAAGAGGCUCACCCUCUCAGGGGUGGAGGCCUUCAUUCUUUCCAGCCCGCCCCCAGACCCCAACCGUGGGGCCAAGGUCAUCCGGGCUGACCCCCAGGGGCGCAGGAGGCACAGCUCGGAAACUUUCUCCUCCACCACCACUGUGACCCCCGUGUCCCCCUCCUUUGCACACAACCCCAAAAGGCACAACUCAGCCUCGGUGGAGAACGUGUCCCUCAGGAAAAGCGAAGGCCUGGAGGAGGAGCAGGGCAGCAGCCCCAUGUGCCGGGAAACCUCGGCUGGCUUCCAGAACGGCCUCAACUACAUCGCCGUCGACUUGGUAGAUGGCAGCCUGGCAGGCUGUGACAAAGCCAGGUCGAAAGCCAGGCAUGUCUUGAACGGAGGUGUCAAUGGAGUGGAGAUGAGCGCCUACGCCAGCAUAGACUUUCUGUCUCACAACCUGAAAGAAGCAAGCGCUGUGAAAGGAAGUACAGGAAGAUGGAAAAGAUGAGAGCUCCAGCGCUGGCAGAGCAAGCGUUGAACCUAAUUAACGCGAGAGGAUUGUUGAAUGAGAUGGCAAAGUUUUAAAGGAUGCACGCUUAUUCUGAAUGACUUGAAGGGCUGAGGGCAGAGUGUUAUUUGGCCGUUGCUUUUGUUUUUGCUGGGGUCGUUUUCGGGAUUCGUAUGUUGUGACCUGAAGCAGUGCAGAUGCUGUGCGUAUGGGUUGCGUUGCCCUGUACAAGGCCAGCUUUGAAUUCACAGCCUAGGACACUAGCAAGCUAUUGUGUGUGUUUCUUUGCAAACUGAUUUUUCACAGAAAUAACAGGUUUUCUAGAGCCACCUAUGGCCCUAAGUGCAAACCAAGCUGUUGUUGGGAAAGAACUAUUUCCACAGCAAUCUCCAAACUGCUGACCCCAAUGUAGAGGGGGAGAACGGGGGGAGGGCAGUGGGAGGCAGUGACAGAGAAAACCUGGUGUGUAUGGCAGAGCUCCCAUCAGCCGGCUUGGGAGUGGGAGUGGGGCAGCCGAGCUGGGGACUGACUGCUGUCCUCCUGCAAAGUAAACAAAGGGGUAAUGUCAGAAACAUGGCCACGUUAAUUUGGUACAUAACGUACUGAGGAGAGGAUUUAAUUCUAUUGUAUAUUUAUCAAAGCGUGGUUAUAGACAGAUUUUAAUAUUUAAUCUGUAUGUGUAUUUAUUUUCCCUAUUUCCUUUAAGCUUAUAAACGUAGACCUCAUCCAGAAGUGCUCUGGGUAAACUCGCUGAGGUUUAAUCUCCACGUAGGAGGCAAAGCUCUCCUUCCACCCUCCCGUUUCCCUGGAAAAUGUGUCUGCCUGCUGCGCAGUUGCUCUACUCUGGGAUUGCUGUAGCCAAUAUGAAGCGAGGGCGGUAAGAAAAAAGCUGCACAAGCAUCAGUCGGAGUGCUCUGGGUUGUAUGUCAAACCCAGGGCUUCACAUGAGCUGUGUUUGUGGCAGGAAAGCAGGAAAAGCUGUAGCAGGGGGUAGUAGAAAUACAUCAGGAAGAAAUUUGUCAGGGUAUGUGGGAUCCACUUGUGCAAAUUUCCAGGUUUCUCUUUUGGUUUUCAUUAGGUUUUCACACUGGAGUUUGUUUACAGAGCUGCUUCUGCCACUGUUAAAAUGAUCACGUAGUGUUGUGUAUUUAAAUUCCAAAAGCUGUGGCUUGGGAGAUUGUUAAGACUUUCAUAUUCUGCAGAGAAAUAUAGAGACAAUUUAAAGGAAACUAUAUUUGAGCAAAAGCAAGAGUAAACUGUUAUUUUAACACAGCAGUAAUUCAGGUAGAUUUGAGAGAAUCUAUUUUAGUAAAAUAAUGGUUUGCAUGAGAGAUUUCUUACAUCACGUGUAAUCAGCAUUGUUUACUGAACUGUUUGCACUGUUUUCAAAUUUUGUUUUUGCAUAUAUAUCUAAGUGGUAGGCUUUGCCUUUUCAAACAGAAGAGGGAUUUUUCUAUGGAGUUCUUAAGACAAUGGAAGAUCCAUGUACGCUUAAUAAUUGGAGCAAGAGAACAAGUCAGAUACGAGAUAUACAAACAAGCUCCUUAUAAUUACUUCAAUAGUAAAUUAGUGUAAAAUACAUGGAAAAAAUCAAUUUGAAUCCUUCUUAAGCUCUGUAGCAAUCAAUGUAUUUUCACGUGGAUAAAUGCUUUGCAGGAAAUUGUCUGUGUUAUUUGAAGGUGGUUGGUUUUCACAUGUAGCUUUUUUCUGCUGCCAGUACCUGACCUCUGCUGUAGCAAUUCUAUAUUUCUGGGAUCUCUUUCCAUAUUGUCCUCUCAAAGCAAGAGCGAGCUUGUGCCACCACAGUGGCUGUGACAACAAAGAAAUCAAAAGUUUGCUUGAAAUCAUCAGUGCAUUUAGUUUUACUGUACUCUGAAAGUGUGCGCAUACUUAAGAAUCUGAGAAAUGCUUGCUUUCUUCCAAUUUGUAAAUAAAACAACGGUUUUACUGGUCAGUUAAAGCUCUUGUUGGAUGUGGAUAAUUAGCUAGCCUUUUGUUCUGACAUUCUGACUGCUUUUUUGCUUAAAGAAAUGUAUGCCCUGUGUAUGGUUUUAUUAUUUAUAGAGACAUUUGCAGUCUUUUUCUCAUAUAGUGUCAAUUAUUUAUUCCAGUGUAUUUAUGGCAGGUAACACUCAACAAUGAGGUGACUUUUUGUGCUGAAUCUUAACUGUUGAAGUAAAGUGGGAGUUUCAGUGGGGUAAAGAUUUGACCUUUUGUGUGUAAUCCUGGAAUUUGAAGUAAAAUUCCCAUUAAGGUUAGUGACUGUGUAAUUGGGAGUUCUGCUUAAUUGGAAACACUGGACUUGGGUGUGUUAUCAUUCAUUUUUGUCUUCUCUUAACAAAAUGCUCUGUAACUUUUAAAUGCUUAUAGUAUUUGGUCUAAUUUUCUAAAUCUGAACAGAUAUUAUGUAUAAUGGUGCAAAAAAAAAAACAAAAAAACCCCACAAAAAUACCACCACCACCACCAACUGAGGAUUGUUUACUUCCUGUGUUAGUUUUGUUGUCUUAAUUUAAAGUAAUCAUCUGUAAUGCAUCUACUGAAGAUCGUAAUAAGGUGAUUUUUGAUAAUAAUGAACCUCCCCCUUGUUAAUUAGUUCUUACUUUUGUGAGGGUUUUGUGAUUGCAUCUAAACCAAAUAAAAAGCCUAUCUUAAGAGCUCUCUCCCUGUGUCUUUCUAAUGGCAUUUCAGAUUAUUUCAAAUAUAACCCUUGUUUCCUUUUUUUUUUUUUCAGAUAGCUUUGCACAAUGAAUUAUUAAAAUUUUUUUCCAUUCUAGUAUGCCAACUGCCAUAAAGUUUUGAUUCUCAGAGCAGCGUGAGAAUGUUUAAUUGUCUCAUUUCCAAAACUUGUAUUCAUUUUUAAAAAAUGACUUCUUAAAAGGAUUGAAAGAACUGUGUGUUGUAUUAGAAACCCGUACAUCUUUUAAAGUCAUCUUUGAGUAAAUUAGUUGUAAGUAUAGUAUUUUCCCUUGCUGAUAAGUUCCUUAAGAACAUCAUAAUUAACACGUGAAAGAACUGAACUGCUUUUAACAACUCGCAUAGUUGGAUUUUACCGCUUAGAAUUAAACAUCUGAGGUUGUCUUUUACUGCCUCUCUGAAAGCACUUUUUAUCUCUCAGAUUGCAUUUUACAGGUAACCACACCAAAAUGGCAAAGCCUGAACCCAGCAGCGCCAUUUGUGGAACAAAAUUUCAACUGAAGCUAUCUGAGAUUAAAUGAAGCCUUUGAUAUUUUAAAUUCUGUUGAUUAUGCGGAUGUCAGCUUUUUACAAGCAGAUAGAAUAUUUAAACUUGUAACAUGUAUUAGACUUCUAUUUUGCUUUAUACUCUAAAUUACAUUUAGCCUAUACUGUUCUUGUUAGGAAUGUCAUGGUUGCUUUGAGUCAUUUAAGAUAAAUUGUUAUAGACAGAGUUGAAUGGUGGGUUUGUUCUAAAAUGCACCGGUACAGUCAUUGCUCAAGGCAGAGGAAAUGCUUAGGUUGAUGAUUGCUUCUGAUUACUUGAUUUCUUUCAAGAUAGCUACGGAAACUAACGCUCCCUUGUAACUAAAAUGCAUAAAGGAGUGUUUGAACAGAAAGAGCAUUAGGACUUGUUUUAUAUGGUGGUCUAUGGUUUGUUUGUUGUUGUGUAUUGGUUGUUUUUUCUCUAAUAAGGAGGGAAUAGCAUGGGAUUUUUACACUUGAUUUACUGUCAUUUUUAAAUAGCAGUAAUUAUACUGGAAUGCUGAAGUGGUUUCAAAGUUGAAACACAGCAAGCAUCUACACAAAAAUGAUGCUAUCAUUAGUGUAUGUAAUGUAACUUUCCUCCCUAUUUGUCAGUUCAAUGGCAACAUAGACACAUUCAGGCAUUUUUCUCUUUGUAUCAGAUUUUCAGUAAAGCACUUAGAAAGCACAGUUAAUAUGUUUAUUUUCAAAGUAAUAAACAUAAAUAGCCAUAGCUUGUUGGUUUUUUUUGUUUGUUGAGGAUGGAGUAUGCUGUUACAGUCGUUGUCUGCUUGCUUUCUUUGUGUCUACGUGUGUUAUGUAUUAGUUGUGGUGUACUGUAGCAGAGUUUGUGGAAUUUUAACAUUGUGUUAGCAAAAUGUGCUUGAUAACAGUAAAAUAUGAGUAUAGUGACUUAUUUGAUACAUAAGGGUGUGCAGUGUUGAGGGUUUCACAGUUCUUUUUGUUAUUUCUUUGAACGUUUGCUUAAAACAGAGCUGUAUGCACAUGGAAAUCAGUAGCAUCCAUUCAUUUUUAAAGAUAGUGCACUGACCCCAGGGUUCAGAUGCAUUUUGCUUGUGUGUGCAUUGUCUGGAGAACAGUUGUUUUUAAAGUUUCUGUGUGUAUACAUAAAGGGGGUCAAGAGUAGCAGUCCUGCAGAGCCAAGUUCAGCUGAGUAGUUCCUUGCUGCCAAUUGCUGAAAAGACAGCUUUUCCUCCUGGAGCCUGUCCAAAGGACAACUUUUUUUUUGUUUUCUCCCUGGUGUUUGUCUCUGGAGCCUGACCGUGUGUAUCUCCUGGUCCCCUAGAAUCAGCUGAAGUAAACAGAGCUCCUCUAGAGGAGUGCUCCUCCAAUCUUAUGUAGACACCUACUAGAAAGCAGCAUGAAUUUUCCCCUCCACUUGGCUGCACCUCUGUGAGCUGUAGAAGAAACCUGGGUUACUGGUUUAGAUCACAUUUGUUGUUUCCACGCUCCUUUACAUUGGAUGAAUCCCGUAGUUUCACAGGGUUGUAUUUAUACUUGAGGCUUAGGCAUUGUUAGCUGGACUGAAAACUUAUACAAAAACUAGAAAAAGCACCGUAAAGGUUACUUGCACCUUUACAGAGGGUAACUUAAAACAGUGCACUUCAGUGUUAGAGCGCUAAGACAGACGGUAACACCUGAGCCUUACUAAAGGACAACAGAGGAGCAUCAUCUCUGUUAGGUAUUAUGGGCAGCUCUCCUGAGGAACAGGCAUUGUUGCUGGGACUCCUCUGGUAAGUGGUAUGCCUUGGAGGUGUGCUACUGUCUGGAGCUGCAGUGAAGCACAGACCUCCAACACCAGUCAAAGCAAAACUAGCACUGUUCAGCAUAAAUAUUUGCUCUAAAUGUGAGGGAUUCAGUUGGAAGCCUAUUUAAUAAAUAAAUAAAUAACAAAGAGAAUAUUUUGAGUUCUG